GGAAGGCGUUAGGCGUACUACAGACUCAGUCGGACCAGUUGCAAUGUAACUAGGGAUUAAUUUUUAUUCAGCUUCAACCCUUGGAGGGAAUAGUAGUUUAUGGAGAUGGCCUGACUCGCAGUCCUUCCAUGAACACGGGAAGCCAGGUCAGUCAGCGGUCACUCGCCCGUUGACUGUAACUUCUCAGCAGUCUUAAAAAAGAAAAAAUUACUCUUAUCAUGACUUCAGAAGAAAAUGGUAUUGAACCUUGGAAUUUUUCAUGGGUUGUGAAGGGGGUGCUCUCUGCUUGUUCUUGGCCAAGGACAGACAGAGAAAUUAUUUGGCUUAGGAGUCAAGGUAUAAAAGCUAUUAUUAGUCUGAGUGAAGAAAGACAGCCGCCUCCAUCAGCGUGGUCAGAUAUGGACUGUCAUGUUAUAGCUGUUGAGGAAUUUGAACCUCCAACUAUGGAACAAAUCUUCAAAUUUAAUGAUAUAUGUGAUAAGAUGACAGCUGAAAAUAAGCCCGUGUGUGUUCACUGUAGAAUGGGUCUUGGUCGUACUGGAGUGAUGUUGGCCUGCUACUUUGUGAAGCAUUACAACCAGACUGCUCGGGAAGCAAUCCGCAAUAUAAGACUAAUGAGACCCUGGAGUAUAGAAACAAGAUCACAGGAAGGAGCUGUGAAGGACUUUGAAAAAUGUAUAAAAUAAGAUAUUGCUUGCAUAAAGUCACUUGUAUUUUCCGUCUUUACAAAUGUAGAUUUAUGUCUAUAAAGGAUUCAGUUCCAAAUGCUCUUUUUCCUUUUGGAAUGAGGACUGAUUAAUCACAUUCAUUUACAUAAGUGUAAUGUCUGUAUCGAGAAUGUUUCUAUACAGUCAGAUCCAUUGACUUUGCACGAUAGGGAGAGUGAAAAGGUGGCAGUCUUGUGACGUGCAUCUCAUCAGCCCCAAUCAGGUGCUGCACUUUUAUUAUUUGGUUUUUUAUAUCUGAUACACCAUGAUUCAUCAGUUACACCAUGAUUCGUCAGUUAAUUGCAGCUCCCACAAUCUGAGUUGGUACACUCUAUGGAUGAAUUAAUGUUGAAGUAGAGUUAGAAUAAGUAAACAGAAUUCCCAAGAAAGAGAAUGCUUAUUAGUAAAAUAUUUGGUUCUGAAAGUUCAAAUGCUGCUUGAAUUAUGAAAUAAAAAGAAUAAGAAACAGCUAUCAUGGAAAUGAUACUGUCAUUGAUGUAUAAACCAUUACUAUUUUAUUGGUAUUUUUUACUUUCUACUCAUUUUUGCCAGGAUAAAACCAAGGUUAAAAAAUAGGCAGCUUCCACAUAUUUUUAUCUGGCAGAUAUCAGAGAGUAAAGAGCUGCAUCAUAAGAUGGUCCAAGGAAAAAAGCGUGCUCAUUGUUUGAAAGGCAUCAGCUAUCAGACUGUAAAGAGAAAUCUGGGAUAAGGGUCAAAUAUUAGUGAGCAAUUCAAAAUGCUUUUACCAAAAUUCACAAGCUUAACUGAUGACGUAGGCCUAUUAGUAGAAACUAAAGCUGGUGUUAGUCAGGGAAGGCCCCAGUUCAUGUUUGAAAUUCCUACAAGUGUUUAUUAACUGCAAUCAGUAUGGUAUGAAAAUUAACAAAGGGAAAAAAAAGAGAUAUUCCAGUGUAAAACACAAUUUUAUCUGUUGUGUGGUACGAUAGUUAUAUGUAUCUAGGCAGAACAAUUAAGAAUGCAAGUACUUACACUAACUUGAAUAAGUGCAAGUGGGUGGUCAUCUACAUUUAAGUUUGUAUAAUAUACACAAAUCUAUCCAUUUUUGUCGUAUAACAAUGGUGUGCCAUUUGAUGUGAUAUUGUUGUGCUACAACCAAGAUUAACCUGCACCAGUUAUCAAAUCAGAAGUGCAGUCUUCUAUUUGAGUAUAUUUCUAAACAUUAAAAUUAAUCCAGAGAGACAAGUGAAGACUGAACUAGCGAGAUUAUGGUAGAAAGUGAGCAAAAACAUUGAAUCAAGAAGGCGGUUAACUUGCAAGCAGUUUAUUCCUGAACCCUAUAGAUUGGCCUUUUAUCAGAACAAGGUUAGUUCUCAUCGAUUUAAUAUAUAAACCGUUCUAUAACGGUUUAUAUAUAGCUAGAAAGACUUCUUUCUAGCUAUGGAGAUGUACAGGAUGAGGAUUGUGUGUAUUACUCCAGUGCCUCUUAGUAAGUGUUUAAAUUAAAGUAUUUGUUUAAAUUAAAGGAGGGAUUCACAUUAGAUUACUGUUCAUUAGAACAUUAAAAUGACGAAUGAAAAUAUUCAAAACUUGCCAAAAAAUCUGUAUUUAAUUAUGAAAAUAAAUUGAUAAAUGAGGGAAAACGGUAUUAAAUGCUCUAGUGUUGAUUGUUGUAUUUAGCAUAAAUGCCAUUCCUGUAUAAUAGUUGAUGAACAUGAUACUUAUUAGACUUUGUACAAAUAAUACUCCCUUAUAGGUGAUGUGCCCAUUAUUGGAACAUUCAUAUAUUUUACCCUAUUUGUGUGUAUAUUACUGUACAUACUUUUGUCAAUAAAUGAUAAUUCCAUUAAAGAAAUAUACAUUAGUUGAAAAUUUUAUAAAAUGUGUUCUGCCCAAUGAAAUUACAAAAUAACACAAUAAAUUGGUUAGGACUAUUCAA